AUGACGGAAAUAAGUAAACGUAUAAACAAGAGCAUGCCGCCUUCUGCUUUAUCUGGCUUCAGUUUCAUUCCAGAGAGAAGAGACCAAAACGAGCUAACUUACUUCGGUAACCAGAAGAAAGAAGUAUCCGUGCUGCUGUAUGAUCAGGUUUUUAAAGUACAUGAAGGGUACAAUAAUAAGAUUCAUCGUGAUGAUCGAGAACAUAGCAACAACCAAGGUCUCAAUGUCAAUGCUGAGGAAAGAGCUCGCACAGUUCCAGUCUUGUCAUCAUCCAUCUAUGGUAAACGCCCUGCACUUGAAUCAGCAAAUCGGGCUUUUGUCAGAAUUGCCCGAGUCCAAACAGAAUUUUACAGAAGGAAUGGUAUUGCUAAUUAUUUGGAAGAGGAUCAGGAAUGAAAGACAAGUAAAAUCAGUCUGAUCUGGGCUCAU